AUGACGUACAAGACGUUCGUGUCGUCCCGCAGCCAGGUGACCGCAGCGCUGAUGAUCGGCGUCUACCUGACCAUAGCCAGCCGAAGCCACUUCAACCAAAUGUUGGUGGACGCUACUGGCGGCCGGCACCAAGUGUACUCCGCGAUGAACGUCGUAUACCAGGUGGCGUACGCGGCCAUCCAAGUGCCCGCGUCCAUGUGCGCGGACCACAUGGACCCGGUGCCCGCGCUGGCUAUCGUACCACUCAUGUUGGCCCUCACGUCGGCGGUCGCACCGUUCGUGCUCUGGUACGUCGACUGGACGGCGUCCGCGCCGUUGCCCAUCAGCUCCAUCGUGGCCAUCGGCGCGCUGUUCGCCGUCAACGGUGCAUCGCUGGGCGCCUGGUGGCCGUUCAUGAACGUCAUGGUGUCCAACUGGGCGCCGCCCGACAGGCUGGCCGUCAUGUACGGCACUAUCAACACCGGGCUGCCCGGUGGCAUAGCGCUGGGCAACGCGGUCUGCGGCUUCGCCUACAGCGUGCACGAAACCACUUUCCGUUACAGCUUCUUCGUCGUCAGCGCGGUCUGCGCACUGUGGAGUGCCGUGUGGUGGCACGCGUUCUACCGUUUUCCGGCAGACGACCCGGGCGUGCGGCCGGACGAGCUCGAACACCUAACCGCGGCCAUACGGCCCAAGAUCAAGUUGCCCGUGCCGUGGCGGAGCUUAGCCACCUCAGUGCCCGUGUGGUGCGUCGCAGUGGCCAACUACGGGUCCACCGUGUUCUACACGGUGCUCAUCAUGUACAUGCCCGUUUACCUAAAGGAAACGUUGAAGGUGGCCAUCGGGCGCAACGGGUUCUUGUCCACUUUACCGUCGCUGGGCCAGUUGGCCAUGUUGUGGUGGUCCGGAUGGUUAGCGUCCGCGGUGCACACUAGACAGUGGACGGGCGUGACGAACAUUCGAAAGGCGCUGACGGCCGUCGGCAUGGUGGUGCCCGCGCUCGUGCUCCUGACGGCUGUGGCGGUGUUCGCCGACCGGUACGUGUUCUACGGCUCGCUGGUGCUGGCGUACGCGCUGUCCGGCGCCGUGUUCUCCGGGUUCCGGGUCAGCCAGAUGGAGAUGGCUCCGAAUUUCGUGGCCGCGAUCACGGCCGUUUGCGACGUGGUCGGCAGCCUGGCCAUGAACUCCACCCACGUGGCGUUCAUAGUCGCGUUCGGCGACACCGCGGACCAGGCCACGUGGAACGACAUCUGCUUGGGCCUGUCCGCGGCGCUGGUCGCGUGCGCGUGCCCGUUCCUGUUGGCCGGCAGCAGCGACGUGCAGCCGUGGAACGACGGGCCGCAGUCGUCCAGCCCGUAG